CGCCACAGAACGUGAUACGUGAAGGACAAGGAAACAUGCCUCCUAGGCCUGGCAUCAUCGUCAUAUCCUUCCUCCCUCUGCAUCUUCCUGCACAUCGUAUCGAUCACAAGUGCUUCGUCCUCCUAGUCAGCUGCAGACCGACCGACCGAUCGAUCCAUCAACCGAUGGCGGUGGCGGCCAGCAAGUGCCAACCGGCGCUGCCCGCCGCCGCGGCGCCCCAGUGGCGAGCGCGCCGGCUGCGGUGCCGCUGCUGCGAGGACACGCUGGGCGUCCCGCUCCGCCGCGAGAAGCUGGUGUUUCCUGCUAACAGUAUCAAUCCCCCGCCGCCCCGGCCCCGGCGGAUCGUUCUGGUCCGGCACGGCGAGAGCGAGGGGAACGUCGACGAGUCCGCCUACACGCGCGUCCCGGACCCGCGCAUAGGCCUCACCGCCAAGGGCCGGCGCGACGCCGAGGACUGCGGCCGCCGCCUCCGCGACCUCUUCUCCUCCGACGCCGACGACGACUGGAAGGUCUACUUCUACGUGUCCCCGUACCGGCGCACCCUCGAGACGCUGCGCGGCAUCGGUCACGCCUUCGAGCGCCACCGCAUCGCCGGCGUACGGGAGGAGCCGCGGCUCCGCGAGCAGGACUUCGGCAACUUCCAGGACCGGGAGCAGAUGCGCGUGGAGAAGGAGCUCCGCCUCCGGUACGGGCGCUUCUUCUACCGGUUCCCCAACGGCGAGUCGGCGGCGGACGUGUACGACCGCAUCACCGGCUUCCGCGAGACCCUCCGCGCCGACAUCGACAUCGGCCGCUUCCAGCCGCCGGGGCGCCGCACACCGAACAUGAACAUCGUGCUCGUCUCCCACGGCCUCACCCUCCGCGUCUUCCUCAUGCGGUGGUACAAGUGGACCGUCCGCCAGUUCGAGGGCCUCAACAACCUCGGCAACGGAGGCACGAUCGUCAUGCAGACGGGGCGCGGCGGCAGGUACAGCCUCCUCGUCCACCACUCCGCCGACGAGCUCAGGGAGUUCGGGCUCACCGACGAGAUGCUCCAGGACCAGAUGUGGCAGGAGACGGCCAAGCCGGGGGACCUCAACUACAGGUUCAUGACCAACGGACAGUACUUCUUCGACCGAUUCGAUUCCUCUCCUUCACACUUCACACCUUGAUUCGAUUCGAUUCGCAUAUAAUAAGAAUAUAAUUAAUUAAUGUACCCUUUCUAGCUAAUUGGGUUUGCCAAAUAAAAUCUCUUACGGACCCGUGAAUAAUUGAAUGAUCGAUCGAUA